CUCGUACAUCUCCCUCUGAAACAAUUCAUAUAAAUAGGUCCUCCGGCCAACUGCUAGCUAGGUCGUGCAGCGAAGUCCUAAUAAAAUUAGUCCUAUCUAUAUAUAAUUAGGUAUAGUAUUGAAGAUGGAUGCUGGAGGAAGAUAUGGUGGAACCAAGUAUCAGUGCUUGCUCUUUGAUAUGGAUGAUACUCUGUACCCUAUGAGCUCGGGUAUCAACUUGGCUUGUCGCAGGAACAUAGAAGACUUCAUGUUGAGGCACUUGCAUAUUGAUGAAAAUGAAGUUCCCCGGAUGUGUCUCGAAUUGUACAGGGAAUACGGGACGACCAUGGCCGGUCUAAAGGCUCUUGGUUACCAAUUUGACAAUGAUCAGUUUCACGCUUUUGUUCAUGGAAAAUUACCAUACGAGGCUCUGAAACCGGAUCCCGUGCUAAGGAAUCUUUUACUUUCUAUGCCACAGCGAAAAAUAAUCUUCACUAAUGCGGACAAAGAGCAUGCAGCACAAGUCCUCAAAAGGUUGGGGUUGGAAGAUUGUUUUGAAGGUGUCAUAUGCUUUGAGACUCUUAACCCCGCCACUACUACUCUUCCUGAACCGGUAGACUACAUAUCGAUGAAUGGUACUAGUAGUAUUGGCAAUGCAGCAGUCAUCCCAAAAGGACUUGAAAUGAAUCAGGCCGACAGUAUUACCGAUACUGAUCAGAUCAGUUAUAUUGAUAGAUUUAGCUCCAAAUCGCCAAUUCUCUGUAAACCGUCAGUGCAAGCAAUUCAAGCUGCUAUUAAAAUUGCAAACGUUGACCCAAAUAAAACAGUUUUCUUCGAUGACAGUGCUCGAAAUAUUGCCAGUGGGAAAGCAGCGGGACUUCAUACAGUCAUUGUAGGGAGCACCACACUGGUAGCUGGCGCAGACCAUGCUUUGAGUAGCAUCCACAAUAUCAAAGAAGCACUACCUGAAAUAUGGGAAGGUGAAGAAAAAAGAGGAGAAGAAGAAGAGGAGGAACAGCAUAAGCAAGUCAUCCGUUCCACCGCAGUUGAAACUAUAGUCAUUGCAUAGGUUCCCCGUCCAAUAUAAAAUUCAUAGCAUAUAUAGUGAGUAGUGCAUUGUGAGAUGGAGUAAACGUGGGGAAGUUGAAAGCAUUGUUGUACGUUGUUGCAUGUUGUUAUUUUUUUCUUUCUUCUUAGAGUUACGAAAGCUUUGUUGAGUUGAGCGGAUAUCAUGUACUGGGGAAUCCAUGCAUGUUUAUGAUUGCAUUCACCCUGAAAAUAAUACAUAUAUCGAACUCAUGGCAUAUGAGCUAAUAAAACGCCACUUUUAAUUUA